AGGCUGCAAUAUGCAGAGCUUGACGAGAAUUUCAACACCAUGACGAGCUUUCCUGUUGGAACCACGGUGUCGUACAUCUGCCGGCCGGGGUAUAUGAGAGUCCCUGGAAAAUCAGCAACUCGUACGUGUGGUGAAGGUUUACAGUGGUCACCCGUAGAGCAGUUCUGUACAGAGAGAAAAUGUAGUCAUCCAGGAGAUUUAGAACAUGGCUCUGUUCAUGUGACAGAUCUUUCAUUUGGUUCAAAAGCUACUUUUUCUUGUAAAGAAGGAUUCAGAUUACGUGGUACUGAUGAAAUUUCCUGUGUAAUUAAGGAUAAAGGCGUUGGCUGGAAUAGAGAUCUUCCUCUCUGUGAAAGAAUUCCUUGUGAGCCACCUCCAAACAUAGCCAAUGGGAGGUACACUGAAGCAGCUAGCUACGUUUACCAAACAUCAGUGACCUACAGGUGUGAUGAUGUCCCAAAAGGCGCGGAUCCCUUCUCACUCAUUGGCCCAGCUACUAUUUUCUGCACGCAUGACGCACACUCGAAUGGAGUUUGGAGUGAACCACCUCCACAAUGCAAAGUGGUCAAAUGUGAUAACCCAAAAGUUGAAAAUGGAAGAAAAAAAAGUGGAUUUGGACCUUCCUAUAGCUAUAGGGACUCCGUCAUGUUUGAGUGUGAUCCAGGCUAUUUCAUGAAUGGAUCAGACGUGAUUACCUGUGGAGAAGAUAACACCUGGUCUCCUCCAAAACCAACUUGUGAAAAAAUUUCUGAAGAUGGAUGUGCUGCCCCAGAGAUCACCCAUGGAGUAGUGAUUCCAGUGAAAGCUGUGUAUGCAAAAGGAGAGUCUGUUCAGCAAAAGUGCAAUGCUAACUGUACUUUUCCUGAUGGCACUAGAGAGAUGGCAGUCACUUGUCAAGGACAGAAUACCUGGAGUUCUUUACAAAACUGUGCAUGUGAACCUAUAACUUCUGGUUACACUCCACAUAUAAAUUAUGGUAGCGUAGUUGAUGGAGAAAAACCUUCAUAUUCUGUUGGAGAUUUUAUUACAAUUGAAUGUUACUCAGGCUACACGUUACAUGGUGAAGCUCGUAUUCAGUAUAUUGGAGAAAACCGAUGGAUUCCUGGAGUGCCAACUUGCCAGUUAAGUCCAUAUGUUACGGCCAUCAUCUGUGUGAUUGUUGCAAUUGUGGUGUUCCUGGCAGCUUUCUGGGUCUAUAAGAAAUUCUUUUCACAAAAUGGGAAACGAGACAGCACUCCAUGUACUGCCGAACAUAAGAUCUGUAAAGCAUGA